GAUACUGAUAUAACUAGUGAAGAUUAUAAUUUUUUAUUUAUUGUAAGAAUAGAGAUGUUUGACAAAAUUUUGUGGAUUGGAUUUGAUGCGUCAGAUUUGGUUCUCAUGUAUGUAGUGAUUUUACUAAUUUUAAAAAACAGUUGUUUUAAUAUUGUAAUGGUUGUUUUGUAAGGCCUACUGGGCGAGUGCCAAAUUCCGGACAGUGCCUAAUUAUUCGGACACUCGUAUAAAGCAUUAUACCGAUCGCGAUUUUCAAAAUAACGAUCAUCCUAUCCUUAAACGAUUGUAUCUGAGUUUUAUUCAAUGCAACCAAAUUGCCUGGUAAGUAUUUACGCAAACAAAAAUUACCUGUGAACCAUUUGAAGUCAAUUUGUCAACAUUACGUAUUACGGGGAAUGAUGUCACGCACACGCUAUGUAAGUUUGAGGCGCGACACGGGGUUCAAUUAAGAAUUUUUUAUUUUUUUACAUUUACUGUAUUGGUCGAUGGUAAGUACUCUUCUUUAAUUUGUGUGUGUGUUUAAAGAAGAUCUAGAGCAAAAGCGGCUAAAUUCCACUAAGCAUAAAAAUUCAAUAACCGGAUUGAGUGUCGAAGUUACCCGCAUUGCUCUCAAAUCAAAUGAUUAAAUGACAACAGUAGAGUUAUUUUGCAUUUAAGUCUAUGUUAAUUGUCGUCAGUAAUCGUACCUUAACAACAGGUAUCAUAUUACUGCGCGUAGGUUAUAUUCUACACUUUUCGGCUAAUUUCGACACCCAAAAAGGUUUUUUUUUUUUAAUACGGAAACAAAUUCAGUUUCUUAUAAGCUCUCUAAAUACGACAAGAAUUUGUAACAACACUUUUAAAAUUGUUUAAAUUAACAGUUUUAACUAAUUUUACAUAGACUUCUUGAAGCAUCGGAAAAGACUGUUUAGCUGUGUUCGCAUUUAUAAGUUAAUUUUAUUUUAUUUAAUUCUUGCAAAGUUUGUUUACAAGCACAUGUUGCAAACAUACGGGUAAACAAAAUAUCGUCCCCACUGCAUGUAAUUACGGCAUGUCCGUACGUGACCCAUUCGUCUGAUGUCCACAAUCUGGACACAAUUAUGCGCUAUAUUAGUAUGAAAUUAAUAAAAUAUUCGAAAAAUAAUAUUAAAAGAGCAUAAUGUACUAAACUAUGAAAUUAUGUCACGAACAAACUUGAACAUUGUUUUUAUGAUAUUUAAAAUGAAUUAAUGAUGAUUUUAUCUGUAACUCGCACAGAUUUGAUUCAUUCAUUUAUUUAUUUUAUACAUUUAUUUUUAAUUCAUAUUAUGUUUUCCAUUUGUAUGUUGUCAAACAAAUGAUAAUCGCCAGAAAUUAAAACUAUUUUUAAUUGCUAAAAUUAAACACAAAAAGUUUUUCUAAAGUGAUAUUAAUGUUUGAUUUGUAAUUUUAUGAUGCCUUGAUUCAACAUGAGUUCCAUGACAGAUGAGCAUUCAUUUAGCCUUUUUGUAUUAAGAGGGCCCUACGUUUAAGCUACGGUUUUAAUACGGAUUAAUACGGAAAGCCACGAUCGUAAUACGUUGUACUACGGAGAAGCAGGGAUUAACACGGUCUUAUACGGUUUAUUGCGUUGCAACACGGACUUGUACGGUCCACCACUUUUUAGAACGGAUGAAUUAAGUAUCAUGUACUUUCCAAGCGUACUACCUUCUUGUUAAAAACAGACAUAUUUGCAGGAACAUUCAAUAAAUGAUAAUUGCCAUUUACUGGCUGCAAUUUUAUAUUGAAAUGGCUCAGAAUGCGCAGGCAGUGGUCGAGCUGCUAGAUGACAUGGAUAGAGGUAAAAUAUAUUAAUAUCGUACUACAAUUCUUAAGUAAUAGAGUAAUAUCAUUUAAUUUUACAAACAUUGGAUCGUGAAAUUUGAGUAAAUAUGUACAUAAAACGAAGUGUCUCAUAAGUCUUGGACACUGACCCUUGAGUUAUAAGAAGAUUAAUUAACAAGCUUUUUACAUAUUUUUAAAACAUAAACAUUCACGAUAAUAAAUAUUAUUGUAAAAAAACGGCACAUUUUAAAAUUAAAAGAGAAGCAGUUUUGAUCAACACUUUUUUUAAUGAUAACUAGUCCUUAUCUAAUCAGGUAAGAGAGGACAGGCAAGAUGGUGGACUUGAGAUGGGCUUUUACGAAGACCCCUUCAUGUUAAGUAUGAGGCUCUCAUGGCCGAACUUGUUGAGGACCCAGCGUCCUUCAAGAAAUUCACUUUUAUCGGACCUGAUGUGUCUCGGGGGUCAGACGCGAUCAGGCCGAAUCCUCUCUGCCGAAAUCAUUAAACUCUGCAAUUCGUUUUCCAGGUGUUCUUUUCUUGUGGGGCAUUUAUGCAAGAGAUUGUGGACGGAUGUAUUAGGUCCGUAUAGAUCCGUGGCAAUUCGUUCUUCUCUGUAUCAAUUCGUUCUUCUCCGUAUCAGACCGUACUUAUUCGUACUAACCCGUGCUUAUACCGUAGCAGACCGUAGUGUAUCCGUAGUGCGUCCGUCCUAAUUCGUGUUGCUCCGCAUCAAACCGUGUCGGUCCGUAACAAUCCGUGUCUCUCCGGGGGAUUUUGGUGGUAAAUCCGUCGGACUCCGUACUUAUACCGCUGUGUGUCCGUACUGGAACCGUAGCGGACUACGGAAUUUCACAUUUCCGUAGUAAUCCGUGAACGAUUAGACCGUAGCUCUUCCGUGGCAUUAUCCGUGAAUAUGUGACCGGGGCUUUAAUAAUGUAUAUAUCAUUUGAUCGUUAUAAACAAUAUAUACUACUGCAUGCCUCCAUCCACAAAAAAUAAUGGCAAGAAAAUCAAACUUGAGAAAAAGUUGUGCCAUUUUCGCCAGUUGUGCUAAAAAAAUUUCGUUGCUUUAUUUAGUCGUACCAGUUCAAAAGUGAAAGGAACAGCAAAUUUUUGGUACACCGUUUACUCGGUCAUAUAAUAGUGCAUGGUGAUAUUGUUCACAAUUGUUAUUAUUUUCAGUAAAGCGCUAUGCAGAAAACAAUUAUCAAUUUAUACAGUUAAAACUUUAAAAGGAUUAAAAACGGAAUGAACCAUACUAAAUAAAUAUAUUUAUAAUAUCAAUAAUUUCACAAUAAUAUCUAUAUUUUCACUGCAGAACACUACAUUGCUGACGUAGUGUUAAGUAACGUAAAUGAUAUUUUGCAAUUUUUCCUUGUACCGAUUUGUUCACUUAGAUGUUUAUUUUUCAUUUAAGUUCAGUUAUAUUCUGAGGCGGAGCAUGCGCAUAACAAUUUAGUAGACUGAUUCUAAUGAUUUAAGACUUAAAAUGCGAUGCAUUAGCUUCAAUUUGAUAAGCAAAAAUGGAUGCAGGAAUCAGACAAACAUGUAAAAGUGAUUCAUAAUUAGCUAUAAGCAUUGCACAGUAGAGUUAUAACAAAUUGGUAUAACUCAAUCAUCGUACAUGUUCCAAGCUGUACAUAUGAGUCUAAAAUAAUCUUCAAAACACACCAUGACCUUUCAGUUUUGCCAAUUUGAUGCUCUACUUGGUAACUUUGGUACCCUUAAAAUAAAUCUUUGAGAGAAUGAGAAAGGUAUGUGGCAACACUAAAAAUACCACAGCACAAGUCAUUAGCAGUACCAGAACUAGCUGGGACAUCCAGAGUGACCAGAUCAUUAUUUUUAGUGUUUAAAUGUUGUAUACUUAAUGCACACUGAUUGCAGAAUUGAAAAAAUAAAACUAAAUAUACUGGGAUCUAAAUCAUUACUGCUUCAGUUGAAUUAAUUGUUUGGUUGAAUUUGAGUGUUGAUAUUAACCAAAGAACAUCAGCAGGUACUGUAGAAAAAUAACGGCAUUUUUUGUCAAAAUUGUGAAGUGGCCUUGGCCUGUUCAUUUUGUGGGAAAAAAACUCGAUGUGCCAUAAAAUUGUGAAGAAAAACACAUGACAUAUUACUUAGCAUUUCGCAACAUUUCGACAACUGAAACAGUUGAUUAUAAUUUCUGGUGUAAAAUCCUCUUCAAGUUGGUACAUUAACCUCAGUUAAUAUGCGCAAAAACCAUUUAACUUGAUAAAAACUAUUUCUGUGUUAUCUUGAAAUUGGUGUAAAUCAAGUUUCACCGGAAGGUAAACAAUGUAUUUCUAAGACAAAGUUGCAAUAUUUUGUGAAAUCUCACUUGAAAUUGUGAUUUUUUUCUACCGCUUUGUGAAAAAAAAUGCCCCUGUUAUAGAAGGAAUAAAACCCCUGAAUAAUAAACAUUUCAAUGCCAAUAUUAUCGGACAUAGUAAACCAGAAGGUGGCUGCUAAUGGUUGUCAUUGAAUUUUACAUUUCCAAUUCUGGUGGGGAAAAAAGCAUAGAAAUAUGAUUUAUUUGAUCAUCUGACAAAGGUUUGAAAUUUAUUGAAGCUUCCUCGUGAUAAAUUAAUGAAAAUAAUUAAAUACUGGCUUAUGACUACGCUGUCUUUCAAAUACCGGCUUAUGUGCGCCGUAUACACUACUACCCUAAAACGGUACUGUUCCCAAUAGAAAAUAAACAUUAAAAUACCCAAUUUCCAAUGUUUAAAUUCCCAAAAUGGCUGUUCAAAAUUGCCACAUGGCCAAGAAAUUCAUCUGAAAUCAUUUAAAUCCAACAUAUUCAUAUAAAUCACUACUUCAUAGUUCUACCUUGACAGUGGAAGCUGUUAGCUAUCUUUAUUCAUGACGAUUAAUCUUAUUUAUAGAUGAAAAAAUGCAUUAAAAAAUAUUCCCAAUAUAAGUCAAAAUAACACAUUUUUUCCCAAUCAGUCUGGUACAGGCACCAUUCCAAAAGUAGAGAAAAAAACGCUGCACGGUCAGAGGGCUUAAUGAUUUAAAGAAGAUUAAACCCUCACCCUGUCAAUAGUUUAUACUUUCUUUUACUUUCAUAGAUCAUGAGGACUAGAAGUAGAAGUAGAAGAGGUAAAAAAAAAGAAGACUUAAGCUGUGCAGAGGAGGGAAUGCUGCAGGUCAAAUAUAUAAAUAGCUAUAUUGGUUCAGGAGUGUUUGCACUGAGCGACAUAGAAAAGGGCCGACUUAUAGUCCUCUAUGAGGGAGAACUGAUAACCAAAGAAGAAGGUGAAAGGAGACAUGCAAAAUAUUCAACCCAAGAUGGCUCCUUCCUCUUCUUCUUCUCCCACAAAGGGAACAAAUUAUGUAUUGAUGCAACACAUGCUACAGGAAUGGGACGCAUGAUUAAUGACAACCAUAAAAAACCAAAUUGCAAAGUUGUGGUUGAGGAAAAAGAUGGCGUUCCUGCACUGUCAAUCUACAGCAUCAGGCCUAUAUUCAGAGGACAGGAACUUUGUUUUGAUUACAAAGACUCAUCAGCACACUGGAGAAAGAAAAAUGCAGAACUUAAAGACUUGUUUCAAGAACCAGAGUUCAUGAAUGUGACUCCAACUGUUGUUGUCAUCUCAAAAGAUGGACAAGAUUCUUCUUUUUUCCCUCUGUGUAAUAGGUUCUGCCUAAUUGGAAGGGACAGAAACUGUGACAUAAUUGUGUCCUCGAAGGAUGUGGAUGAUGUACAUUGUCAGUUAGAAGUUUAUAUGGGCGAGGUUUUUCUGACUUACUUUUCGGGUGUUAAGGAGAAGCAGUUACAUUGUGGAGACACAUUUCAAGUAGGCGAACGUCAUUUUAGAAUUGGGAAACAAAAGACCCUGUCUAAUGAUGAAACUGUGGGUCAUGUUGAAAAUGAGAAGGACAUAAGAUUUGAAAAUGAGAUUGCUAAUGAUGGCGGCUGUGACUUGUCCAUGAUUGAUUGUCACCAAAGUCAUGAUGACAGAGUGACAACUUCAAAUGAUAAAACUGUGACUCAUGUUGAAAAUGAACAGUACAUAAGACUUGAAAAUGAGGUUGUUAGUAAUGGAGACUGUGACUUGUCGGUGAUAGUUUGUCACCAAAGUUAUAAUGACAAAAAGACUCUCUCAACUGAUGAAACCAUGAGUAAUGCUGAAAAUGAGCAGGACAUAAGAUUUGAAAAUGAGAUUGCUAAUGAUAAAGGUCGUGACAUAUCCUUGAUUGAUUGUCAUCAAGGUCAUGAUGAUAGAGAGACCACGUCAAAUGAUGAAACUGUGACUCAUGUUGAAAAUGAACAGUACAUAAGACUUGAAAAUGGAGACAGUGACUUGUCGGUGAUAGUUUGUCACCAAAGUCAUGAUGACAAAAAGACUCUCUCGACUGAUGGAACCAUGAGUACUGCUGAAAAUGAGCAUGACAAUAGAUUUGAAAAUGAGAUUGCUAAUGAUAAAGGUCGUGACAUAUCCUUGAUGGAUUGUCAUCAAAGUCAUGAUGACAGAGAGACCAUGUCAAAUAAAGAAACUGUGACUCAUUUUGAAAAUGAGCAGGACAUAAGAUUUGAGAAUGAGAUUGCAAAUGAUUGCGGCUGUGACUUGUCCAUGAUAGAUUGUCACAAAAGUCAUGAUGACAAAAAGACUCUCUCGACUGAUGGAACCAUGAGUACUGCUGAAAAUGAGCAUGACAAUAGAUUUGAAAAUGAGAUUGCUAAUGAUAAAGGUCGUGACAUAUCCUUGAUGGAUUGUCAUCAAAGUCAUGAUGAUAGAGAGAUCACGUCAAAUGAUGAAACUGUGACUCAUGUUGAAAAUGAACAGUACAUGAGACUUGAAAAUGGAGACAGUGACUUGUCGGUGAUAGUUUGUCACCAAAGUCAUGAUGACAAAAAGACUCUCUCGACUGAUGGAACCAUGAGUACUGCUGAAAAUGAGCAUGACAAUAGAUUUGAAAAUGAGAUUGCUAAUGAUAAAGGUCGUGACAUAUCCUUGAUGGAUUGUCAUCAAAGUCAUGAUGACAGAGAGGUAAUGGAAAUUUGAGAUGGUUUUUUUUUCCAAUAUGUGAAUUUGUAAUCAGCAUGAAUGUGUCCGAAGGGACCAUCUUUAGUUAAAUCAUUGGCUAUUUGUUGAAAAAAAAACACUAAUGACAGAGGCCUCAUCAUGUUAAUUUUUACUAAAGAGUAACUUUUGACAAAGUAUGUCAGUAAAUGUCCAAGAUACCAUCAUAUAAUUAUGUACACACAUGAUUUGAGAGUAUAGGUUUGAGUAUUCUGCGUUUAUAUGUAGAUUGGAAUUCAGUGCCUGUUAAAAGAUAUUGAUACUUUAUUCUUAUUGUUUUGUUUAAAUCAGAGUUAGGUUGAAAAUAAACAUGACAUAUG